ACAUCUUUAUCAGAUUUGAUAUGGGAGUUGUAGUUCUCAAGUGUUUUGCGUUUUCGACUCGACUCUUGCGUCAAGUGCUUUUACGUUAUGGUAGCGCUUCUCCGUUUUUUUCUUUUAUUUUUCGGUUAUGACACAUUUUCACUGUUGUGUAAAGUCGUAUUAUUUCGGUGAAGCGAGAAAAAAUACCGUUAAAUUAUCUCCACGCCUAGUUCUAUGACCCGUCCCCCUCAACAAGGGUUAUACUCACGGUGUAGUAUCGCAGUAAUACACGCGGAGUAAUAAUGAGACUUUUUAGGCAGUGUCAGAGACGUUGCACAAUAUUUAAGAAUAAAACAAGUAUUUUACCGAAGCGGGGAUUGUAUCUUGAAUUUCAGCGGUGCUGAACUACAUUACCCACGACUCCAAUUGCCGUACAGUAGCCCAGUUCUUUUGCGCAUGCGUGCCUGGGGGAAAUUGGAUCUCAAGUUGGCCAAAACAGCGGGUGAUAAAAAUGCACAAGCUGAAGUCAUCACAGAAGGACAAAGUUCGGCAGUUUAUGUCCUUCACGCAGGCAGGCGAAAGGACAGCUGUGUACUGCCUGGCACAGAAUGACUGGAAACUAGAAGUCGCCACAGACAACUACUUCCAGAACCCAGACCUCUACUACAAAGAAUCCAUGAAAACCUCAGUGGACCGCAAGAAGCUGGAGCAGCUCUACAACAGAUACAAAGAUCCCCAGGAUGAGAACAAGAUAGGCAUCGACGGGAUCCAGCAAUUCUGCGAUGACCUGAUUCUAGAUCCGGCGAGCAUGAGCAUACUGGUGGUGGCGUGGAAGUUCAGAGCAGCCACGCAGUGCGAGUUCAGCAGGAAGGAGUUCCUGGAUGGCAUGGCUGAGCUAGGGUGCGACAGCCCUGAAAAGCUUAAGGCCAUUCUUCCCAGACUAGAGCAGGAGCUGAAAGACUCAGGAAAGUUCAAAGACUUCUACCAGUUUACCUUCAGUUUUGCCAAGAACCCAGGCCAGAAGGGGUUAGACCUGGAGAUGGCCGUGGCUUACUGGAAUCUAGUUCUCACAGGUCGGUUCAAGUUCCUGGAUCUGUGGAACCGCUUCCUGCUGGAGCAUCACAAACGAUCGAUUCCCAGGGACACAUGGAACCUCCUCCUGGACUUUGGCAAUAUGAUUGCAGACGACAUGUCAAACUAUGAUGAGGAAGGGGCCUGGCCCGUCCUGAUCGACGACUUUGUGGAAUUUGCUCGGCCGAUUGUGAUGGGGACCAAACGCAACGUGACAUAAUGUUUGUCCCGGCUUCAUGCAGCGGAUUGAGUUUCGCAUUUCUUCCUGUUUUCUUUUCCUGAAUGAGGUUUUUGAUACAAACGAGCCAAAAAUGAGACUACUUCUAAUUAAGCCUGACUGCAGCUUUUUCCAUUAGGAUUGUUCUUCCAACUGCAUACGAUGCCUCUGAAAGGGAGAGACCCGAACUUUUAAAAUGGAAAGCAGGACGGGAAUCAGCCAGAAAGAGAACUUUUUUUCUUUUUUUAGUUGUUGUUUGCUGACACAAACAGCAAUGUGAAGAGGAUGUAAAUGCUCAAACUUCUCACCGACAGGUGUAAAACCACACCUGUGGACUCACUAACCAGCAGCCUCGGUACAGUGACAGCCAGAGAGUCGGUUGGAAGUUAAACUCUGCAUGUUUUGUGAGCUAGUGUGGAGUGGUGCCAUGAUGUGUGUGUGUGUGAGUGGGGGUGGUGCUAUUAAGGUUAUUUUCACGGAUGUUGCGAAUGUGUUGCUCUCCAAGUUACAGUGAGAGCAGACAGAGGAAGUGAGCUUGAGUGUGUUUGUGUGUGUGUGUCUGUGCAUAUUGCCUUAUUUACAAUACCAUCCCACAUAUCUUUGGUUUUGUUGAUAUGUAAAAAGCUGGAAUAAUUCACCUUAAACUCCACAUCUUGUGUUCAGAGAUCUAGGUAGAGAAGCACGUUUGUUGAGCACCAGCAGAAUCACAAAGGCUUUAUCGAUCUGUUACAGUGGUGUCACUUUCAUUUCAUCACACAAACCCCACUGAACGUCUGUCUCUGUCACUAACUGCAGGCUUUCUGUGCUGCUCCUGAUAGCUCUACCUCCUGCAGAGGCUCAGAGAGGGACGUCUGUGUUCUGAAUUAGGAAUUACCAAAAAAAAAAAGCAUCGUAAAAGGAAAUGAAGUUGAUGAGAUAAACAUGUUACUGCUGUUUGGGGCAUUCUCAAGUGAGCUGAGGAGCUCACAGGUGAUGGCAGAGAGAAGUGCAGCAGUCAGUUAAUGUGCUCGUAUUCAGACUGACGAGGCCGGUAGAUUUUUGUUGUGACUUCUGUGGCUCGCUCAGGCCUGAAGCUCUUCUAAAGGAGCUUUAGAAGAGCAAAAACAGGUCGUGGCACUUUUUUUUGUUGUGAUUGGUGCAAAAGCAGCAUUUGGGAUGCUGCAGCAUUACACUUGUUGGUUUUAUGUCUUGACUUUAGCAGCGAUUAAAAGUACGAACACAGAGAGAAGCUGAGGGGCGCCCUGACUCUUUCCUGUCAUCCCGGCGAGGAUGACUUGUCACCUCUACAAACUGCACUGAAGUACACUUUUUCUGUUGUAGGAUUAUACGUUUUUAUUUAAUCAGACGGCACUGUGUGGAGCAUCGGAGUUAUUCGCGUUUCGUGGCAGUAGGUUUCUCUCACGUGCUAACGUUUUUAUAAUGAAGUUGUGCAUCGCAGAAAGGAGUAUUUUAACUGAUUGUUUACAUGGCUGAAGGUUGCUUUUUAUAGAUUUGGUUGAAUUUAUUACAUAGGACAACAUGAACACUGCUCAGGCUGCCAUCUAGUGGUGGCAGUGGGCUAUAGCAUUUCUCACUUUUCUGUAGUUUAAUGAAGACUUGAGCCUUUUAACACUUAAGAGAUCAGUGCAGCAAUGCUUAUUAUUAUUAUUAUUAUUAUUAUUAUCAUUAUUAAUAGGAUUAACUGUUUCUCUUUAAGUGUACCUAAAACACUCUACAUCCCAGAGUAUGGCAGAAGGUACCAGAGCUCAGGUCCCCGUCACCCUCUCCUCAGUCAGGGUGAGCUGUGCGGCUUCCUGUAUUUGUCAGUUCUGGUUCUGUCAUGUGUUGUCACUUCAGUUAAACCAUGUGCUGAAAUAAAGAUAGUAAUUCUCUUGCAUCUGCAGCUACUUACAGGGGGAAAUAACUUGACAACCUGGUUGGAAAUGCUCAUAUUUAUGUAAACACAGUCACUCAUAAACUGCGGUGGUAUGUGUGUGAAUGUAUCAUUUUCUUUCUUUCUUUUUUUUAAGUUCAAGGUAAAUCGGGACUGGAUUGUGGGUUCACUUCCAGGCUGAUUAUUGCGUCACAGUGUUUGCCGUUGUAAUUAAGUUAGACAUGUUGCUUUAAUAACAAAGUUUCCGUCCUGUCAGCAUCGCCACCGUCAGCCAGGGUGGCUGUUAUCUAACACCUGUGGUUCAGGAGUGACAAAACAACUUCCAGUAUUUAGUGUUCUGUUACAUUCAGUGCAUUUUUAGUUGUCGAAUGUGCGAUCGGCUGUUUCUAGUCGCACGUGGUCAUGGUCUUUAAGACAGUGUUAUUUUUGCUGGCAAGAAAACAGGUAUUUACAGAGUAAUGUUUCUGCUGCAAAAGCAUACCGAACAUUGUUUUCUUGAUAAACGUUGUCAAUAAAGCAUGUUGUUUUUAA